AUGCCACUUUCUGAUCUUGGAGAAGCUCACCUGCUACAGAAGCUACAAAUAAGGACCCUGGCCUUUUGCGUGCUGGCACUCACCGGACGACGAGUACCGGAAUUGAAGUCACACUUCAGUCGGCUACUCCCCCGUCCGAUAUACUACGACAACACCCCGAAACACGAUCAGCAGACCAAGUCUGACAACUACAACGAGACUUUAAAGACUCUUCGGCUUGGCUGUUUCAUCUUCUGUAUCUACACUUUACUUGGCACCACAAUCCUAUUCGACUUCACGAAGGCACUCGAUACAACCGCAAAGGAGGGGGCGCAGGUAGAUCUGGGCACUGUGCGCGACGUCAGCGACGACGACGACAACGAUGAUGACCAUGACGACGACGACGGCGAUCAAGCUGCAAAUCACAACGAAGAGGACGACGACAAUAACGAUGACGAUGAUGAUGAAGAGGACAAACAAUAA